AUGACUAAUAUUUCUACGGAAAGACUAUAUUACACUGAUACUUACUUAGAUAAAUUAGAAAUUAAGAUAUUAGAGAUAGGUCAAGAUGAUAAUGGCAGUUAUGUGAUAUUCGACAAAACUAUUUUCCAUCCACAAGGAGGUGGGCAACCCAACGAUGAAGGCUGCUUAGAAAUAGCAGGUCAACGCUAUGCUGUUAAGAAACUGGGGGAUAAGGUUAUCCAAACAAUUGAUCGGGCAAAACGACUUCUCUAUUCUCGUUUACAUUCGGCCGGUCAUUUGUUGGAGGAUGCCGUUAACCAACUUUUUCCUUCUUUAAAAGGUAUCCGCGCCAACCAUUUUCCCAAUGGCCAAGCUUUUGUCGUUUUUGCGGGUGAAAUCCCAGUUGAUAUUCAAGCCAACAAAGAAAAAAUCUCUAACUUGGCUAAUGAACUAAUAAAAAGAAAUCUUGCCAUAAAGGUUGAGUAUAAUGGUCAGAUCAGAACUGUCAUCAUUGGUGAUUUUGCCGCUCAUGCUUGCGGAGGAACUCAUGUUAAAAAUACUUCUGAAAUCAAAGAAAUUGUUGUUCGCAGUAUCAAAAAAGAUAAAGAUAAUAAAAUCGGUGGUGGUUUUCUAAUUAUUAAAAACAGUUCAACUAAAACUAACGAUUUUUCCAAACCGCCAGAGGAGCAAAGGAAGCCAACUCCACCACAAGAUAAUCCGUUGCCCGACCGACCAAAUAAUCCUCCUCAAUUACCACAACCCAAACCCAACCCAGUCAAUAACGAUAAAACUGAACUAAAAGAUUUUACGCUUUCUUAUUCGGAAAAUGAGGUAGUAAAAAAAAUAGCAAAAACUGGUCUUUUUGACAACCAACUAACUCUUUUAGAAAGAAACUUUACUUUAACUCCUGAUUCGCCACUAAAAAACGACCCUGAUUUUCUAGAGCGUUUUAAAGCUAAGUCAAAAGACGUUUACUUUGACUAUUCCCAACAUACCGGUGGCGAUUAUGUUUUUAUUGAUAACCAAAUACAGGGAGGAAAAUCGGAAAAAGAUUGUGAUAAAUGUGUUUUUUCUCCCGAUAUUCUUCGAUCAAAAAAUUACUGGCUAAAAACCACUUACAAAAUCAACCUAAACGGACUGAUAAAGAGUUUGAAAUAUCUUAUUUAG